AUGAAUUUCAUGACUCUCAACAUCAGGGGAAUUGGAGAUUCAAAGAAAAUUGAGUGGAUUAGGAAACUCAAACUCACACAAAGCAUCGAUUUCAUUUGUAUUCAGGAAACAAGGGUAUCAGAUUUCAAUAAUAUUGAUAUAGUUGGUUGCUGGGGAUCGACAAAUUAUCAAUGUGAUUUUGUUAAUCCCACUAGAGGCUCUGGUGGUAUUUUAAGCAUAUGGGACCCUCGUGUGUUCCGCAAGUCAAAUACCUUCUCCUCCAGGCAUUUCAUCGCUACGUCGGGGGAAUGGGUUGGUAUCUCAGGUGCUAUAACAAUUGUAAAUGUGUACGGGCCUCAAUCUAUAGUUGACAAACGUAAAUUAUGGGAUGAUUUGAUUGAUCUAAAAAAAGGGUUGAAUGGUAUCUGGGUGUUUACGGGUGAUUUUAAUGCAGUGAGGUUCGCUUGUGAAAGAUUCAAUUCCUCAUUCUGUCAUUAUAUGGCAUCCGAUUUCAACCGGUUCAUAGCGGUGGCUGGUUUAAAUGAGUUCAUUCAAGGGGGAAGGAAAUUAACUUAUCUGCGUGACGAUGGGCUUAAACAGAGUAAACUCGACCGAUUCCUAGUAUGUCAUAACUUCAUUCAAGUGCAACCGCUGACAUCUGUGACUGUUCUUCCAAGGGACUAUUCAGACCAUUCUCCUGUGAUUCUCAAACCUCACAAAGUCGACUUUGGACCUCCACCGUUCCGGUUUUUCAACUCAUGGUUACUACAUAACGAUUUUAAUUUGGUAUUUGAUAAAGCUUGGGGUAAUUUCCAUGGGUUUGGUGCUCCCGAUCGAUUCUUGCCGGCAAAAAUCAAAUUCCUCAAAAAUGAAAGAAUUGGAGGAAGGAAGUAA